UGCCGUGAGUGUCCCUCCUGCCUCCGCUCUGCCCAGCCCCGAGGCUGCUCCAGCCCAGCAUCAGGUGCAUGGCUGCUUCUCACCUUCUGCUCUCUUUUCCCCUUGCCCAGGCCACGACGCUGCACGCCAGCAGCCUGCAGAGGCUGGUCCAGGGCCAGGCACAGGCUGGUGCAGAGCAGCGGCCACCUCCCGUCCCCUCCGGCGGCAGCAGCGAACGUGGCCUUGGCCCCUCGGCUGGCGGGACCCGCAGGAGGAGGAGGGGGCUGCCCUGGCCCUUCGCACGGCGGCGAGGCAGCUCGGCCGCUGCAGAGGCAGCCGGGCAGUCGGGCUCUGGCGGCAGGGGGGCUCUCUUCGGCCAGCCCCUGGCAGCUCUCUGCAGCCAGGACGGCACGCUGCCCCAGCCCAUCCAGGACCUGCUGGCUCUCCUGGCCGAGCACGGGCCAUCCACGGAGGGGAUCUUCCGGCUGGCGGUCAAGGAGCACGUCUCCCGGGAGCUGAGGGAGGCCCUCGACAGCGGAGCAGAGGUCCACCUCGAAAGCCAGCCUGUGCACGUGCUGGCCGUCCUCCUGAAGGACUUCCUGCGGAAGAUCCCCUCUAAGCUCCUCGGGGCAGAGCUGUACGAGGAGUGGAUGAGCGCCCUGCAGAAGACCAGCAGGCAGGAGAAGCUGGCAGCACUCAGGGAGGUGGCCGGCAAGUUGCCCCAGGCCAACCUCCUGCUCCUCAAGAGCUUGCUGUCCCUGCUGCAAAGGAUCAGCAGAAACGCGGCCAGCAGCAGGAUGACUGCCGGCAACCUGGCCAUCUGCGUGGGGCCGAACCUGCUCAGCCCACCCGAGGAGCAGACGCUGCCCCUGGACGCCCUGGUGCAGGUGACGGGGCAGGUGCCUCCAGUCGCUGCAGAAAGCCAACACCUGAAGAGCUCCUCUGGGGAGAGAAGGUAAAAUGAGCUCGCUUUGAUUAAGAGCAGGAGUGGUUCAAGUUUGUCACAGCUUUCCCUGUCUAACCAUACUAUUGAAUGGAAAGCUUGCCAGGCCCUUCACAAGAAAGCAGAAAGCGAAAACUGACCUGUGAAGAGGGGAGCGACGGGCACCCGGGCAGGAAGAGGAGAAGGCUGGAGAGGGAGCUCUCGGGGAUGGGCGACUGAGACGAAAUCCAAGCAGGGCGAGAAGAACGAGGAGGCCAGGUGCCGAUGUGGUUUUGCUGCUUGGAUUCCCCGGAUGAGCUGCGACGCCUGGGCUUGGAGGGGCACGAUGCAGCCCCAGCACCCCCUCGGCGGAGGCGAGGAGAGAGGCACCCAUGCCCUUCUGCUCUGGCCGGCAGAUUUCCCUCGUGCUCCGCUCAGCCGGAGAGCCCCGCACCGCCGUCAGACCCCCCCAGCCUGCGCAGGAGGCCUUGCUGGCUCCCUCAUCAGCUCCCUCAACAAAAGCCCACCGGCUGGCACGUCUCCCCCGGUGGGGAGCUGGCCUGUGACCUUCAGAUUCGAGGGAGGGUGUUGUGGGUGGCGGUGU